AUUCAAACAACUUUCAACUCUUGCCUAGAGAGGUUGUUGACAAUACGCUCACUCAACGUGUGUUGUGUAUACGGUUAUUGGGGCCCACAUAUGUUCAAGUUACACUAGUGUUUUCUGUUGUUGCGACGGCCGAAUCUAGUCAUUGAAGUGAAAUACACAUGCACAAACCAAAGUGGUGUCGAAUCAAGCCAUAAAGUAAAAUAAGAAAACAACAAAUAUCAAGAAAUAAGUGAAUUGCGGAACGAGUUUUUUCCCCAAGUAUAUUGUUGUAAUUCCUCUUUGCAAAUGUCCAAAAGUGUUCACUCUAUAGAACUGCCGCGACAGUGAUUUUGAUAUAUAUAUAUAUAUGUAUUUAAUUUAGUUGAAUGCGUAAUUUGUUGUUUCCCGGUUAAAAAAAUACAAAAGGAAUAUGCUUUUUAAACGAUUUGGUAUGGGUUUAACCCUUCUACUUGCUGUACUGUAUUUGCGGCCAACACCAUCAACGGCUUUGAUUGAGGAUGUUUUGGAUGUACUGCAUGUUGUCAAGGAGGUUACAACAGCAGUUCUGAAGGCCUGGGAUGUGGUUAAAAUAACAACAUCGAAUUCCGACAUCGAUUUUCCUUUGAUGAGAGACAAACAAAAGAAGGUUCUUUCAAGACUGCGAGAAGUUAGCAGUCAAAUUAUAAAAACAGAAGAUCAGCAUUCUGAACACAUUGCUGCAGCCAUUGAUUCAGUCAAUAAUUUUGUCGAAAGUAAUCUACAAUUACUUGCCAAACGCAAUGAAAUCGCCGAUACAAUGAACCGAAUAACGUCGCGUUUCCAGCAAAUGCAACAGUACGAACAGUUUGAGCAAAAAUUGGAAACAGAAACACUGUUGAAAUUCGCCGAAUGGACUGUGGCCCCAAAUGCCUAUUCGGUACACCAUUUAAUGGAUCGAUUACACUUGAUGAUGUUUGGACCUGACGAUAAGGCUGCCUUGGGUUCGUCGGGAACAAAUAUUUUGGAAAUGAUGGCAAAUAGUUAUGAGGCUUCAAAAGAGGAAAGAUGCCUGAACCAACAAUCAACACAACAAUUCCUGUACUCCUUGUAUACGGAUAUCGCUUUAACAGAGCUCAAAGGCUAUACAAUGAUGGAAUUUUCAUGGAUGAUUCUAAGAGUAUAUGGCAAAGGCAAUUUCACUCAAGAGGCUGAACUAAUGCGCAAAGAUUUUGAAAAACGUACCGAUAAAACUGUACGUUUACUGCGUGAUGUUAUGAAGCGCGCCGAUCGUAUUGUUUGGCGCUGUGAUCCCGAUAAAUAUGUUUUGGGUCAAAACUACGAUGAGGUUACACGACUACUGCAGGGUUACAUUGAGAACGAAGUCGAUAUGAAUUACAACCGCGAAUGCUGGUCGACGUGUGAAGACUAUACCAGUACCAAGAAUGAAGGAUGUUUCAAGGAUAAAUUCUGUGCCCGUCAAGAGCGCUGUUCGGGCAAUAUACACAGUUGUCGUCGUUUUGAUUCCGACAUGUUUAUAUGUCAAUCGCCUCGUGAUAGUCCCAAGCGCUAUGAGUUCAUUGAAUAUGAAAAUGGUGUAACUUUGGGAAAAGUUGGCCAAUGUUCCAGAGGAAAAACUUCGGUCGACUCAUGGUGGCGUUAUUUGUUCUGGCAUUGCACCUACUGUUUCUGUUUGUGUGAUGAUCAAUACAGUUCGAAAACGGAUCGUUAUUUCAAUUUGCGCGAAACUCUAUCAAAUGUCAAUGAAAACAAGGUGCUUACAGGUUUACGUUUUGCCAAAGUCAAUCGGGUAUUCCAUUUACAAAUUCAAGAGGGUGUUCUGUUGCCUCGCGGCAAGGUAAAUGAAUCCUCAUUGAAUUGGGUGCCCAUCGACAAUUACACACUAAAUGCAAGAAACGUUCGCAACAAUCGUGAUUACUAUACACUGAGCUAUGGCGCACGUUCAAUUGAUUUGGAUGAUGUGCAUACCGAUGAUCACAGUUUUGUGGUAACUGGUGUACGUUUCCGUGUCGUGGGUGCCCAUUUGAAUUUGGAGGCUCGUCUGAGUGAGUUCAACUUUGAAACGGGCAAAUUGGUGAACCCACAAGAGAAUAGCUUUUGGAAAUCAAAUGAUAACACCGAUGUCAGUGGUGACCGAAGGCAAAAAGUUGAGCUUAGCAGCCCAGAUGUACCAAUCCGUACUAAAGCCAAAUCUGUGCCCGACUCUCGUCACAAUCAAUAUAUUGAGUUUACAGCAUCCGAUGUCUACAAGGAUGCAUCGCAGUCCACAGUGCCCUUCAUUGAUACCCAAUAUGUGAUCUCAACACCCCCUGUGCCAUUGGCUGGCAUUGGCAUCUAUCACAAGGGGCGUCCGGGCUAUGGUGGUUUCAUAGCUCCCAAGCUCAUGACUUAUGAUUUUGCACCUCACAUUCAACCACCUCGUAGAAACUAAGCUACCUUUGUGUAAACUUAAAUGAAAAUUACACCGAACAUUUUCCUAUGCCCUUCUAUCCUCUCCCAACUAUUCUAACUAGGCCUUCUUCAGUUUUAGUUGUAAGCUAUGAUUAUUUUAAUUAUAACAAACCUGCAGAAUUAAUGAUUUUAUAAAGCAUUAAAGUGAAAUAUUUGUAAAGUA